AAAAAAGCAUCGUACAGAGAAUAUUGUCAGAAAAGCCGCGCUAUCUGUUCUCCUUCCAUUUGGUCACUGAUCUCUUCCAAUUUACAUCUUUACCCUCGUCCGUGUCAUAUAUAUUUACGGAUCUUGUCUGAAAAUAUGGGCUUCUCCUUAAUUGGGCUUUUCUUUAUUAAGUUUGUUUAUGUAUGUGACACGACGUCGUUGUUCGACUUUGAUUGCAUUGGUAUAUGGUUUCUUAAAUUUACUUUGGUUCGGUCGAGUGGAGUUGGAUUAAACCGAACUGGAGAGCAUGUAUGUGGUCAUGGAUCAUCUUCUAUGUGAUCGAUCAUUUGGCUUUUGGCAUGUCGCCGUCUCGUCUCUCUCAGGGACUAACCACUACUACUUCCUCUUGAUAGUAAUGAACCGAAGUAAAGAGAACAUUGCUCCGACAUUGAAAGAUGAUAGUCCAUUUGGAAAGCUUACAGAAGAUCUCUUGAUUGAGAUAUUUAUAAGAGUUCCAAUAACAAAUUGGGAAUAAAUAUCUUAUGUUAGAAAACAGUGGGCAAAUUUAUUCCGCGGAGAAUGCUUAUGGCUGGCUGCUCUUAAUCGGGCGUAUCCUCUUGCUAGCAAAACUAAGAGCUGGAUUGGACCAAUCCGUCAAGGAUUAAGCAAACGGAGAUAUGUGGCUUUAUACAUCAGCAGGAACAUAUUAGCUGUGGAUACAGACAUAGAUGAGAUGCUUGGACAUAUUUACUUGUUUUUGAAAGAUCAGCUUCAACUUUCCACUAUGCCUGCUUCAGGCGUUUUGCAUGGAACCCUGAUCGACCAACUGAGUGUUUGUGGCAAAUCGAAAGAAGAAGCUGAUGAGCUUGCUACAAAGAUCUGGCUGGCUCUAGAGGACACUAAACAUACUUUCAUCGUGUGAUUGCUGAAAUCAAUCGCACAAGAAUAUGAUGGCUUUCUUCCAUAUCCAUAUUCAAGACCGAUCAAAAUCCAGUGGAAGGUGUUUGAGAAACUGUUUGUGGAUUUCCGCGACUUGCUUGAUCAUUCAGAGUAUUGCGACCUAAUAGGAAUUGCCAAGAAGAAGUUUCAAACAAUACCUUAUUUCUGUUAUCCUUUAUUCUUCUUCUUCUUGGAAAUGGGUCUCAUGAAAGUAAUGACGAUUCUGGUUCUCUUCGUCUCGGUGUCAUCGACCUUGGCGCAAUCCAACAAUGGCGGUCACAUUUCGAUACUCGUCUCGGAAAUGGGUCUUGACUUUGCGAAAGAUUACCUUAUCAAGAAAGUGAUCACUGUGACGCUUCCGCUUCAGCUACCAGACAUUGAGAAUAAGGUUAAGAUCCCUUUAAUCGGGAAAGUUCGAAUGGGUCUAUCGAAUAUUCAGAUUGAUGCAGUUCAUGUCCAGUCUUCGAAGAUCGAGACGAGAAAAGAUGGAAUUGUUUUGAGUGUUUUAGGUGCUACAGCAAAUUUUAGCAUGGACUGGUCUUAUACUUAUAGAGCUUCCUUCUUUGAGAUUUCUGAUCAUGGAGAUGCUUCUGUCGAGGUAAAAGGAAUGGAUGUGAGAAUCACUGCCACUUUGGUUAAUGAUAAUGGAAGUCUAAAGAUUGUCUCACGGGAAAAUGAUUGUACAGUGGAGAACAUUGAUAUUCAUAUCAAUGGUGGUGCUUCUUGGCUAUAUCAAGGGGUGGUUGAUGCAUUUCAAAAGAUGAUUAUAUCUACUGUUGAAAAGACUGUCUCUACUAAAAUUGUAGAAAAUAUGAAGAAGCUCGAUUCUUUCUUGCAAUCACUUCCAAAACAGAGAAAUAUUGAUGACUCUGCUGCAGUGAAUCUUACUUUUACAGGCAACCCUGUCUUAGGGAAUUCGUCGGUUGAAGUUGACAUUAAUGGUUUAUUCUUGCCAAAGGGUAAUGAUGUUAAAGUUUCAGGAUCUCGUUCUUCUUCCGUCUUUGGUGGGGUAAAGAGAAUGGUGACAAUUUCAGUAGAAGAAGAAGUUUUCAACUCUGCAACACUUGUCUACUUCAAUGCUCAGGUGAUGCAUUUAGUUAUCGGGGAAACAAAGAACGGAUCGAUUCUAAGCACAUCUGAUUGGAAACUCAUCCUUCCAGAGCUGUACAAACAUUAUCCAGAUAAUAAAAUGGUGCUUAACAUGUCAGUAACAUCUCCUCCUGCUGUUAAAAUCACAGAGAAUGGAAUUGAUGCGACGAUUCAGCUAGAGAUAGCAAUCGAUGUUCAAGACUCCGGAGAAGUCCUAUCCGUAGCACGCAUAUCAUCAGUUUUGAAUGUUGCAUGUUCUGAAGAAAUAACAAAGAACAAUCUAACCGGAAGCCUCAGAUUAAAUGAUUUCAAUGCAACAAUGAAGAUGAGUAAAAUUGGAGAGUUUCAAUCAAACUAUGUUCAGGCUGCUACGUCUAGGAUUCUUGAAGCCUUGUUCUUGCCGUACGUAAACACACGCCUCAGGAGAGGAUUCCCUUUGCCGAUUCCCGGCGAUUUCACGAUAAAUAACAUAAAGAUUGUUUAUGUUAGAAGUGGCAUUUUGGUAUGUACCGAUAUCGGCACUAGCACAAACCAUUAAGCUAUUAUAUAACUUCUUGCAUUGCAUGUACGUAAGCCGGAAGAAAAAUAAUGACAACCAUAUUAAUUUUGCAUGAAAAAA